CUGCGCCGCGCCGCCAUGUCGCGGGUGAGCGGCCCCGGGCCGGCCGGCAGCGCCAAGGAGAAGCGCUCCUUCAGCAAGCGGCUCUUCCGCGGGCGGGCGGCGGGCGGCGGCGCGGGCUCGGCCCCGGCUGCCGCCCCGGCCCCGGCGCCCUCCGGGCGGUCGCUCGGCGGGUUCAUGAGCCGCGUGCUGAAGACCCUCUCCACGCUCUCGCACUACAGCAGCGAGCCCGAGCCCCGCGGCGCGCUCGCCCCGCGCCUGCCCCCGCCGCAGGCGGCGGGCGGCCUGGGCAGCUGCUUCCCGCCGGGCCCGCCGCGCAGCCCCGAGCCCCCGCCGCGCCCCGCCGGCGGCUCCGAGGCCGUGCCCGGCGUGGCGGGGCUGCGCAACCACGGCAACACCUGCUUCAUGAACGCCAUCCUGCAGUGCCUCAGCAACACCGAGCUCUUCGCCGAGUUCCUGGCGCUGGAGCAGUUCCGCGGCGGGCCGCCCCCCGCCGACGGGCCGCCACCCGCGCCCGGCGAGGUCACGGAGCAGCUGGCGCAGCUGGUGCGGGCGCUCUGGACUCUCGAGUACACCCCGCAGCACAGCCGCGACUUCAAGAACAUCGUGUCCAAGAAUGCGAUGCAGUACCGUGGGAACGCCCAGCACGAUGCCCAGGAGUUCCUCCUUUGGCUCCUCGACAGAGUCCACGAGGAUCUGAACAAUGUGGUGAAUUCCAGCAGCAUGCCCCCGCUCAAGCCACCGCUGGAGGAUGAUGUGCUGCUUGAGGGCCCAGCCUUUCCCAUCAGUAGCACUUUUGUGCAGGAACUCUUUCAAGCCCAGUACAGGUCCUCCCUGACGUGCCCUCAUUGCCAGAAGCAAAGCAACACCUUUGACCCUUUCCUCUGCAUCUCGCUGCCGAUCCCUCUGCCCCACACACGGCCACUCUUCGUCACCGUGGUGUACCAGGGCAAGUGCUCGCACUGCAUGCGCAUUGGGGUGGCUGUGCCCAUCUCUGGGACGGUGGCCAGGCUGAGGGAGGCUGUCUCCUCGGAAACCAAGAUACCCACGGAGCAGAUCGUGCUGACAGAGAUGUACUACGACGGGUUCCAUCGCUCCUUCUGCGACACCGACGACCUGGACACCAUCCAUGAGAGCGACUGCAUUUUUGCCUUUGAGACCCCAGAGAUCUUCAGGCCCGAGGGCAUCCUCAGUCAGAGAGGAAUACAUGUGAACAAUAACCUGAAUAACUUGAAAUGUGGCACUGAGCACUCCCGAACAAUAGCUUACUCUCAAGGAAUGGUGAAGUCUGGAAAACUGGAACAGUCCUCUACUAAACCAGCAGCAAAUGACAAGAUUGUCUUGCUGGUGUGUAACAGAGCGUGCACUGGACAGCAGAGCAAAAGGUUUGGCUUGCCCUUUGUGUUGCAUUUGGAAAAAACAAUUGCUUGGGAUAUUCUGCAGAAAGAAAUUCUGGAGAAGAUGCAGUAUUUCCUGCGGCCUGCAGCCUGCUUGCAGGUUUGCCCGUUCAGCUUGCGAGUGGUCAGUGUCGUGGGCAUAACAUACUUGCUACCUCAGGAGGAGCGACCCCUCUGCCACCCAACAGUGGAAAGGGCAUUGAAGUCAUGUGGACAGGGGGGAACCGCUCAUGUGAAACUAGUGGUAGAAUGGGACAAAGAAACUAAAGAUUACUUGUUUGUGAAUACGGAAGAGGAGUAUAUUCCAGACUCUGAAAGUGUCCGCCAGCAGAGAGAGCUUCAUCAUCAACCUCAGAUCUGCACUUUAUCUCAGUGUUUCCAACUGUACACCAAAGAGGAACAGCUUGCCCCAGAUGACGCGUGGCGGUGCCCACACUGCAAGCAGCUGCAGCAGGGUAGCAUCACACUGAGCCUCUGGACCUUACCUGAUGUUCUCAUCAUACAUCUCAAAAGGUUUAGACAGGAAGGAGACCGAAGGAUGAAACUUCAGAACAUGGUUAAAUUCCCCUUGAGUGGCUUGGACAUGACUCCUCAUGUUGUGAAACGCAGCCAGAGCAGCUGGAGCCUGCCAUCGCACUGGUCGCCGUGGAGGAGACCUUAUGGCCUUGGGAGGGAUCCUGAGGACUAUAUCUAUGACCUGUAUGCUGUCUGCAACCACCAUGGCACCAUGCAAGGGGGACACUAUACAGCAUAUUGCAAGAACUCUGUUGAUGGCCAGUGGUACUGCUUCGAUGACAGUGAAGUUCAGCAGCUUUCUGAAAGCGAAGUCUGCAAGCAGACAGCUUACAUCCUGUUCUACCAGCGACGCACAGCGAUCCCCUCGUGGUCUGCCAACAGCUCGGUGGCAGGCUCCACGAGCUCGUCGCUGUGCGAGCACUGGGUCAGCCGGCUCCCUGGCAGCAAACAGCCCAGCAUCGCCUCGGCCGCCUCCUCGCGCCGCACCUCCCUCGCCUCGCUCUCGGAAUCCGUGGAGCUCACUGGGGAACGGAGUGAAGAUGAUGGAGGAUUUUCAACUCGGCCAUUUGUAAGGAGUGUCCAGCGUCAGAGCUUGUCAUCCAGAUCCUCUGUCACCAGCCCACUGGCAGUGAGUGAAAACGGUGUCAGGCCCUCGUGGUCACUCUCUGCAAAACUCCAGUUCCGCUCCAACUCCCCGUCACGCUUCUCUGGAGAUUCCCCAGUACACACCUCUGCUUCCACGCUGGAGAAGAUCGGGGAGGCUGCUGAUGACAAAGUCUCCACUUCGUGUUUUGGCAGCCUGAGGAAUCUCUCCAGUAGCUACUUGGAGCCUUGUGACAGCGGCCGGCGAGAGCACAGGACGGCUCGCAGAGCCCCUUUGGCUGUCAUGGAAGGGGCAUUCAGGGAAGAGUCUGUUGUAAGGACAUCUAGCUCAGACCUUUCAGAUGGGUGUGGUAAAAGCUCUGUGCAGCCAGAGAGGAAUCACCCUGCUCUGGAUCCUUUUGAUAACAACAAUCAAAUCGCCUUUGUUGACCAGAGCGAUUCUGUGGACAGCUCCCCGGUGAAGGAGGUGAAAGCUCCUGGUGGGACAGGGCUGGCUGCAGAGAAGGCACGUGACACCCCUAAGAAGGGUCACAGCUCCAAGGGAGCUUCUGAGCCGGACAAAAGUUUGAGGAAGGGAAGGACAGUUUUGUCUACCCAAGAGACCAAAGUCUCUCACUCUUCUCCUCCACUGAAGAGUUCCCAGAAAGUUUCCCGGUCUAGAAGUAAGACAGACUCUUCUAGGGCCAGCGGGCGACAUGGGUCUCCUGCUCCUGCUCAGGCUAGGAAGGAUCACAGCGUGAAGCCACUGGAGGCAUCUGUCCCAUCGGCACAACAGAAGCAAAAGUCAGGUUCUUCUCCGUCCUCCACAGCUGCCAAGAAAACCCCAUCAGGCUCAUUGACUAAGGGCUCUUCCACUGGGAAGAGCCGGACUUCCGACCGCAGCCUCAGCAGGGAGGGCUCCAAGAUAAGUCUGGGGUCGGAUAAAACAAGCGUUACCAGCAGCUCAAGAACGAGCUCCCCACGGAUCAGCCACUCCAGGAGCGACAGCAGGGCCGCGGACAGCAAGCACGUGCGGAGCUCCUCCAUGGCCAACCUGCGGUCUCCAAAUGUUGGGGCACGUUCUGCUUUGAAGAGGGACAGCAAGUCAGAAGAGAAGGGGUUGUCUUUCUUUAAAUCAGCCUUAAGGCAGAAGGAGACCCGGAGGUCAGCAGACCUGGGGAAGACAACAAUGCUCUCAAAAAAGACAGGGAGUGUCAGUUCCAAGUCAAGCAGUAAAAACAUGCUGGAGGACAAACCAGAGAAAGGUGGUGUCCCACCAGCCUCCCAAACCAAUGCCAACAUUACUGCAAAAGAAAAACUUGUCUCAAAGGAUGCCACACCCAACAAACAUUCUCUGCUAUCCAGUCGCAAGUCCAAGUCUUCCCAGCUAGAUCCUGGAGUCCAGUCUCCUCCUUCCAGUGGCAAGCAGUCUGCUGACAAGCCGCUGAAAAAAUUACCUUCCAGCAUGCAGGUGUCUGUACAGCCUUCUCUGGAACCUCAGUGAAAUGCUGCAAUCCAGGUGUCUUUUCUUCUGCUGAAAAGCUAAUUUAUUCUGAGCUCUUGGUUUUUUUUUGUUCAUGUGCCUAAUGUAUGUUUUGAGGAGAAGUUAACUGCAAGUUGUUAAAGCGCCUUUUGAUUCUGCCAUCAAACCAAAUAGCCACAGGCAGCCAGCACUGGUGCAAGUAGCCUAGCUGGAGUCAUUGUUGAACCUGAAUGCAGCUGUCCCAUAGCACUUGUACAGGAGUCUCUGUUGAAAGUGCAACAACUGUCUACAGAUUCGAGGGUUGGAAUCUGACCCCUGGUUGUACUGACACUUGUGUGCUUUGUAGAGCUGUGAACUGAUAUUCCUUUGGUCUUGCUCCGAGUGGGCUGUGUCCACGCUGGUGUAUGGCCUUGUUCCGAGCUGUGGAGGAUGCGAAGGAAUCUGGAGAGACUGCCGCUUCUUUCUGCUCUCAACCCUCUCUCCCUGCUCCCCUCCAUUUUCAAGCUUUCUAAAGGGCAAUAUUUCAACACUAAUGUUGUUUCUCAGGUAUAUACUCAGCCAGUAUAGGAGGGACUAGCAUUAGUGACGGACAGAAAGGUACCUGUGUGUCCGUGUGUGUGUGUCUGUGUAAUAGAUUUAAUUUUUACAUUCCAACAGAAGGAAGUUUGUGUUUUUUUCCAUGAAAUGUAAUGUGCAUUUUUUGUCGCUAAGUUUAUGAAGAGUUUUGCUCUGUCCAUACCUAAGGCAACCUCUGCCUUGUCCUCUAACUAUUUUCUUCUGAAACACUCUACUAAGUGACAGAAGGAAUCCCUGGGCAGCAGCUGGUGGCCAGCUCGUACGUGUGGAGGUGCUGUGGAAGCAGUGCCAUAGGAGAACUGUGUCCACACGCCUGGAUGGCCAUGAUACUCUCAGGACCCUCCUGUUUAAACUCCUGGGAAGCAUUUCCUAAUGUGCUCAGACCCUUAUCAUAGUGUUGUGAUUAAGCCUCCAUUAUCUCCAGAGGUGAUGUUUAGAUCAAGUGUGGUCCUGCCCUCUCUGAGCAUGCUUUGACAGGCCCCUUUGUAGGGAUUGGAAGGGCCAUACCCAAACCUCUGGAGCAGUUUUCCUGUUCUCCAGAGUGCUGUAUGUUCCUCCCUCUGGCAUGCUUGUCCCCUCCCUGUGGGUCUGGCUGCCAUGUGUCCCUCAGCAGAACGGUCCCCUUCUUGUUUGGACGACAGCCUCCAUCAGGGUCAAAACACUACAUCUACUUCGUUUACAUGCCCUUCUUACAGAGGAGAUUCCUCAAGUUCUGUAAGAUUCCUUCUAAGGUGGAUUCCUCAAGUUCUUUUGCAUACAUGUGGUGUAAUCUUUUUGUUUUAAAUUCCACGGUUUGUACUGAUGUGCUGCAUAUCGCUCGUGUCAGCAGCAGUCUGUCGUGUGGGUCGCGACGUGCUGGGCAGUGUGCUGGGCAGUGUGCUGGGCAGUGUGCUGGGCACGCCUUGUCCUGAGCCAGGUCUGUUCCUGUCGUGCAGUCCGAUGGCAGAGCUUCUCCUGCUGUAGCUUGGGGCCAGGCAGUGUGCUCUGUGCUGUCAGUGUAACAAACUGGCCUGUCUGGCUCCUCCCUUGCUGAGGUGCUGCUGGGCCUGCAGGCAACCUUGCCCCCAGGUCUGCUGGGCACCUUGCUGCACUGUGAUCACUUCUCUGCUCACCACACACUUGCAGCGAGCCUGGGAGACAAGGGCUGGGGGUAGCUGGCACCUCAGAGUGUGUGUGAGACUGAGCUGGGGUGCCACAGAGCUGGGGUCGGUUGUGAGGGUGAGCCCAGCUGCAGUGUCACCCUUGCCAUGUCCCAGUGAUGUCCCACUGCAUCCUGGCAGUGCCUGCAGCCUGCACGUGUAACACCGUGCUGGGUGCUGUGCCCUGACAGUUCUAACCCCAUCGUCACUGUCCCCUCAGUGCAUUCCUUCUUCCAGGUGUUUCAGUCUCGUUUAUUGCAGCAACAAGAAGCAAAGAUUGCAUUGCUUGCUUCUGAAAUGUAUGACUUGGAUUAUUCUUGGAUUAUUUUCUGUUAUAUCCAGCAGAGCAGAUAAGACUUGCUUCAUGUUGUAGUACUUAAAUUACUCCCUGAAAUGUUGAUGUUGAAGUAUUUGUUUAAGGUUUUAUCUGUAUUAAGGUCUUACACUGUCUUGGCUCUUCUCUUGUAACAACUCUUGUAGCAAGAAUGUAAUUCUGGUGGCUUGUGCUGACUCGGGUUGGGAUUUUUUAAUAGACAGAACUAGUUUCUGUGCUUUUCACCAUGGACAUUUGUGAAAGGUUAUUUUUAUCAAUUGACAUUUUCUUUUCAUACCAUCACUCACUGAAGGAGUUUGAACUGGAAGCUGGUGUGUGGGUUUUGAGGUGGUUUUGCUCCUGUGCUGCAUGCCUGGGCUGAAGGGAAUUUGAAGCCAUGUCCAAACUGGCGUUUUCACUGAAUGCCAGUUCAAUGUUUGUAUCUGGGGCAAGAGAAUGGUCCUUGGAGCUCCCAUUUGGACAGAAGGGGAAUGGAGGUCCGGGUGUUCCAGCAGCUGAUAAAAGCAGUUGAACCUCUGCAAUCCCAUGAGAUGUAAUGAUGCUCUCUUUCCCCAUAAUUCCUGAUGGGAAUUGCUGCCAAAUCCAGCACUAUCUGUUCUUUGUAUCCUGCCAAACUGGAUUUCUCUGUCCCUCUAGAACAGCAGCUCUGGUGCACAGGCUCCUUACUCUGCGGUGGAGCACGAGUGGGCAGGAGGGACUGCACUGUCAGUGCCCUUGUCUCGGAGAGAGUGGGAUGCUGCUCCUCUGUGGUGGGUUUCUACUCAGGAGGGCUUGACUUGCUGUGUUCUCAAGCAAAACAGUUUGACUUAAGAGGGUGCACUGGACUGUUCAUGUAAUAUAAGGCAGGCACUGGGUAAAAUGUGCAAGAUGUGUGCCUGUGGUCCCUGGGAAGCGCAGUCCAUGUUCCAUGGUCUUUUUGUAACAGAGCACUUGGGAAUGCAGCCACUUUUCACUCUGCACCUCUGCUUGUUGGUGUCACAGAUCUUUGGUAGUAAAUAAACUUCCUUGCAUGGGAGGGGGUUGAAGGGUGUGGGUCCAGGAAACACUGUUCACUGUGAGUGUCAAUCCAAGCCUUGUUGCUGUUACAGUCAAGGCUCCAUGAGUGAUGUAAGGUAAAUGUUUCUGAAACUAAAUGUAGGUUAUUGCAGGCCCUAAUUCAAGGAAUUUGGGGAAAUGCAACAUCAGUCUUUUCUCCUUGCUUUAAACCAGACUUUGCUUGGCCCUUUCAGGUAUAGGAAUUCCUGUCCAUGUGUGUCGUUGUCCAGCUGUCAGCAUGUGGCAUGGUACCAGGGGAGAUCUGCCAAGUCCUAGAUGCCAACACCAUAACCAUGCCUGGCUGGGGUGGUGGGGUCUGGGACACCUGUGCUGAGAACCUGGGAGCAAAGGUGUACAGGGCAGCCUCACACUGGUGGGGAACACAUGGGAAGAGGGAGGUUCAGCAGUGUCCCUGCUCCCAAAGAGCGGGGUGAGCUCUAAGGCAGAACAGGCUUCCAGGCAUCGUGUUUUCAGUCAGCUUUGGGUUGGACUCACCUGUGCCGGUGUGUGUGACUUGUGUUUCACCCCACGUCCCUAGUCUGCCACUUGCUCCUGCUCCUGCAAUUGGCCCUCUGGGCACAGGAGAGCAGCGCCUUCAUUCCAGUGCUCAAGUCCUACUGGAGUCACCUAGAGACUUUUUUUUACCCUUUUUGGGCUGUGUCUUUUGGAUAGUGUUUAGUAGUAUUCAAGUUACAAGCACAUUUUCAAUGACGUGUAUUAAAGAGGCACCUUUUAUUUGUAUUAAUCAUAUUUGAUAGACAAUUUGGUGCCUGCAGUUCUCUGUAACUUGUAAGUGUCUCACUUUGGGUGUAUAAAUUGUUAAUCCUUUCAGACUUAUCAAAUAUGGCUUAAUAAAAACAAGAUGCUUAGGAUAGAAAGCUAGCAGCUUAAUUGCACUUCUCCCACUGCAAGUGCCCUCAUCCGCCGUCGCUGCAGGGGUUUGCUUUCCGAAGCCAAAACUUGAGCAUGACUAACCAUUUUUCUCGGUGCCAGGCAGCUUGCAUGGCCCUGCUGUCCCCGAUGCAUGUCCCUACUAACUAUGCAAGCCUCUAGCCCAGCCGUGGCUGUGCUCAGCAUUGGAGCCGCUCCGUAGGCUCCGGAGCACCGCUUGGAAUCUGUGCCGCUGCCUGGUGGUGCAGCUGCUGCUGGCACACAGGAGCAUGUCCCUGGGUUCCUGCUUCCUUUGCACAUCUUUGACUCUUUCCUUUGCAGGAUUCUGCAUUACUGACAAGGCUGGAGCAUAGUGUAAGGUCAGAGGGAUCGGAGCGGGGAAACGAGAACAACUGAUUUCUGUUUUGUGUUGUUUUUUCUUUUCUUAGCAGAGCAGGCCCAGUCAGGGUUCCGUGUGUAGCCUGCCAUUCCAUGGGAUGUAGGCACGCUCAGUGCUGUCGGGGGGGCAGGCAGCUGUGCUGUCAGGGGGGGCAGGCAGCUGUGCGGGCACUCACAGAGCUGCUGUCGAGUGUCCGUGCGAGGGGAGCGGCUCCCAGUUGUUGGUGUGCUGCCCGUACUGCUCUCUGGGCUCUGCCUGCUUUCCCAGGAGAGCCCCAGCUGCCCAUGGGGGUGACUAGGCUUCCCUUUGUGCUCCAGAACCCCACGGUGGAGGGUCUGAGCCAUGUCCUAUGGACGGUGGGUCCCACCGGGGUGGCUGCACUGCGUGGCUGGGGCAGCCCGUGAGGGCUUCUUGGUCCUUGGCCCCAUGGGCCUGGUGCCCUCCCCUCGGUCAGCCAGCACAGAGGGGAUUUGGAAAUGACAUUCCAAAUAAUUGUACUGUUGGUUUGGUUUGUUUUUUGGGUUUUUUGUGGGUUUUUUGUAUCUUUGUCAUUUGCAUACUAAUCCAAAAGAAUUUGGCAGUAUCUGAUGUUACUCGUGGAGGGAACUGAAAUUUAGUUUUAAUCUGUGGUGAGAUGAAAGUCCUACAUGUUUUUCUCAACAAAAGCACCAUAAAGCAGUUAGGAGCUUUAUUUUGUAAAAGAAAAGCACCUGAAGACUUGUACGAUGUCUGUUAGGUCUAAAGGCUUAGAGACUCUUCUAUUUUUAUAAAGGCGAUAGCACUCAAUUUAUCUGCAAAUAAGACACAGAUUAAAACUAAGUGUAACUGGCUCACUCGGCCCUGCAGCACAUGCACGCUGGCCUCAGGCUCGUGUGGCAUUUGUGAGUGCAAUAAACCCCUUUGGAGGUGCUCUAUUGCCUUGGGUAGGGUGACACAAGGGAAUCCAGGCCACAAGUGGUUCCAUUAUUGUCCUGUGGCCUUCCAGGUAUGAAUUUGUACAGAUCUGCUCACCACCUGUGCCUCACCAUGGGUUAAAAUUGAAUUUUAAGUCCUGUUGCAAAUGCAGUUUCUCGUCUGGACACAAUGUCAGAUUUUACACUGGAAUAUCUACAGUUCUCAAACUGCAUGUCACAUCACUGUACCUGGUACAGGGACGUGGGGUUUGCCCACACCUUUGAUAUUCUCCUCUGUAUUUUAAUGUUUUUGACCUGUACAGUAAUUGGAAAGCAGGCUGUCUUUACUUGGGGUUGAACAUUGUACCAUAAAUUUUAAAUUAUUUGAGGACAAGUGCAUGAGACUGUGUCAAUGCCUUUUAUUAUUUAUUUGUAUGUUUUAUUAUUCAAGGUGUAUGCACUUUUAAUAUGCAGAAUUUAUAUUUUUAUGUUAAAAAUCGUUUUCUUUCAGAAAGAAGAGUUUGAAUAUGAGGAAUUGGAAUUAAGUGCAAAAAGGGGAAUAUGUAAUAAAAUACAAUAAAUUUAUUAUUAGGCA